GCUCAUCUGUGACGUGGCUCAGGAAGAUCUGUCCUCUCUCGUGUGGUAGAUGAAAGAUCCCAGAGAGAUCUAUGCGUGCACCGUCCCUGCUCGACGAGUACUUAAUAUUUUUACUCACUUAGAGGUCUUCCACGAUGUGUCGCGUAUCUGAUUCUGAAGUAAGUAGAUCCUAUCUACUGGUGAUGUGACUGAUUGUAGCGCUUUUAGGUUCUUGGGGUCGUAGGAGGUAGACCACAAAAGGGAAACUCAUCCGCAUGUACGCAUUUCACUUGUCGCAGACCUUAUGGCUAUGCUGAAACGUUCUUCGGAAACGGACGAGCAUUGACUUUUCUUUUAUUUCAAAGUGUCCUCCGCCUGUGAUGCAAUACGGACUUAAUCCACUGGCACUGACCGUUUGUUUCUACUUUACGUUUACUGUACCGGCGUCAUCGUCAAGACAAGUUUAACAAUAGUACCGACAAGACUUUAUAUCUCGACCAUGCAAGCACUUUUGCAAAAAGGAAAGGGGACCUUCAGGCGCUCUUCCACACAACUGUCGGUGUCGGCUGCUCGAGGUACUGUCGGAAGCACGGGUGCUCCUCGUCCUGGCACCGCAGCCCGGUUUUUCUCUUCCGCAGCGGCGCAAAGCCAUGAACGCGGACAAUUCCAAGCCACAGCCUCUUGUUCCGGAGGUGGAGCUGCCGGGUUGUAUCGUUCUUCGGCAUCUACUACUGCCCGAGAAGUAGCGAGCAGCACCCCGACGUCCUUGUCCGCAGGCGACGCCGGUUCUCAGCAGCGGGACGAGUUCCUCUUUUCCCCGGCCACGCCGGUGGGCUUCAUCGGGCUGGGAAAAAUUGGCAGCGCGAUGGCCCGGAACAUGCAGAGCGCGGGAAUGGAGGACGUUUCCGGCUUCGACCCCUUCCUCGCGAAAGCCGCCGAUCUGCAAUCCAUCAACAAACUCGACUUUGCCGCGUUCGCCCGAGAUCGCGAAGUUUUUGUCUCGGCUCUUCCCAACGACGCGGCCGUGGAAAAACUGUUUUUCGGCGGAGAAGAAGAGAAAGCGGCCCGAAAAAAUAUUGAGCUGUUGCCGAAAGGAAGCGUCCACAUUUCCGUCUCGACCAUCAGUCCGGCGCUGGCGGAACGCAUGACGGCCGAGCAUGCCAAGCAUGGUUCGCACUUCGUUUCUGCUCCAGUUUUUGCCCGCCCGGAUGGACUGGCGAAAAAGGAAGCGUUCUUUCCGGUCGCCGGGAAAUCCGACAUCGUCACGAACCUGGUCAAACCUCUUUUGGAAGCCACAACUGCAAAGAAGGUACUUGAGUAUAACUAAAGUAAAGUACUUUUACAGCUUUAGUUGUGGUAUUUUGCGCAGUAUGUUGAUGUAUGUUUCCCUAGGGUCGUCAGGGGCGGCUGCGGCGUCAUCAAGUAGACCUUCUUGUUGAGGAGCAAAGUUGGAGCGUUUUUUUAUGCAAAAUUCGCACUCGCCCCCCGUACCUGCAUGUUUCUAUGAUUUAAUUAAAGUUUGUUUCAUCUUCUCCAGGUUGAGUACUUUGGGCCUCACCCGAAGCAGGCGAACGUCGUGAAACUGUGCGGGAACUUCCUGAUUUGUUCCGCGAUCGGUGCAAUGACGGAGGCCUACAACCUCGGAGAAGCGUACGACUUGAACCGGCAGCAGCUGCACCAGCUGUUACGCAUUACAAAAGAAUCUUCGUACUAGUUAUAAAUCGCAUAGACAAGAAAAAAAUUUCCUCACCAUAACAAAGGAAAUUUGUCUUGCUGAGUUACCUUGAGAAGGAUGCAUUUUGUCACUGCUUUUACUACGAGUACGAUAGAUACUUUUGCAGUGCAUAACAGUUCUCGAACACCAUCUUUGACUGCUUGAUUUACAAGGGCUACGGCCACCGCGUUUCAGCGCACGACCACUAUCCCUACGAAGACGCCCACUUUGCCCUGGCUUUGGGCCACAAAGACAUGCUGCUGGCAAAGCAGGCCGCCGAGAACAUGACCCUGCCAAAGAAGCACUGGGGACUCCAGGAGCAAAGAAAGGACGUCGAAGAAGCUUCAACAAACCCCGAGGACGAGGGUGUAGUGAGAAACCAGGCAGACCGGAAGCCAUUGCACAUGCCAUUUUUGGACGCUCUGGACGCGAAAUUUCGGACCGCCAAGGCCGAAAUGAACUGCGAAAAGCUGGAUUGGAGUGCGAUCGCGAUGGUGUGAUCGCAAGCGAAGGGAGACUGGCAAGUGGCGAAAAGCUGGGCAUCAGUUCAUGCGAAAAGGACGGACAGUAGAUGAAGUUUUGGAAAAAUCAUGCACAUCAAACUGGGGAUCUAGAUGUGAUUCAAACAUUUAACGCACAGUAAUAUUCAUACAAUGCGCCUGCCGCGUACCGAGGAACGAAGGGUGAUAUCGAAUUUAGUCUGGUGAUAUUUUUACUGCGCCUUCGCAGCUUCAGCUAGUAGCUCUAUCCUCUUCAGACAAUCGACAGGUUGCCGGCCCGAUGAGAUAAACUUUUUUGAUUUUCUGAAACGCUACCAAAUUUACGAAUGGUUACGAGGACGCUGCCAUGCGAUCUUAGUGGACGGCGCGAUAGUCAUCCGCUGGGAGCCUAUUGUCGGAAUGGGCCAGGGGCCCAGACUCCCUCCGGCGUUGUGGGUCGUUUACUUGGCUGACAGCGUGGAGCAGCUAGAUCGCACCAUCAUCAAGUUGCUCCCGGAGAUUUUCGCCGACGACGUGCUUCUCCUCUUCGACUUCGAUGCCAGGACAGUGGAGGAGGAGAAGGCUGCUGCUGAGUCCCACGCUGCAGACUGGCAGAAGAGGACGGGGCUGACCUUCGGCAAAGUCGAGUGGCUAAAGGCCACACGCGGCAGCGGGGGCGAUAGCAGCUUUUUCGAGUACUUGGGCUUCAUGUUGCAAAGCUGCGGCAGCACGGAGCGAGAAGUAGACCGGCGGCAGGUGAAAAUCCUAGCCAAAGCCAAAACACGCUCCAGCCAGCCCAGGGAGGAGCGUACACCGGCCGAGGACAUCAAGUUCUUCAACGAGCAAUGUCGUAGUCACCUCAACUACGCAGCGGCGGCCCUUUUCGAAGGCUUGCAGGACGACCAGGCGGCACAGAAGGAGCUGCGAAACACAGUGGCAAAGGCGCUGCGGGCAUCCACAGGUUUGUCCUCCCUCUACCCGGUGCAGGCGUCCUUCGACCUCAUCGGCAUGGGUUGUCCUCUGAUGAACUUGCAGGUUGAGCAUGAGACGAUGGAGUAUUUCCUGCAAGGAUCGGUGAAGGGGCACGCGGUAGCAGCAGGUGGACUGCAUCAGCAGCCGGAAUGGUUCGACGAGGCGCGAGUCAAGAUCUACACUUCCAAGAAGGUCUACGAGCGUUUCGGGAUACCGCACGGCAACGAGCAAGAACUGGCACAGGAGAUGGAGCAGCAGCUGUGCGCGAUGCCGAUCCCCCAGGAGGAGUUCCGCGCUAGCUGUGACGGGGGGAAGCUUGCGGGAGCAGGCUCCGAUCAGAAAGCACACCGGGCCAACUGCUACUACGAGACAGCAGAAGAUCAGCAAGCAGCAACAUACCGGGUGUGGUCGGUUUUCCCGCAGUUUGAUGUGGAGACGAUAGCGCUGGACCAGUUGGUGAAGAUCAUCCACGAGGAGCUGCAGGCGGGGCACACGACAGUGAAGAUCUUCACCGACGCAAAUGGCGUGCUCCAGGCUUUGGAGAACAGCUGCAGCAAGUAGGAGAGCAAGACAAAACUCCGGAAGGGGAUCAACAAGAUCCUGUCAGACCACACCAGCGCCACGAUAGAAAUCUUCUGGGUGCCAUCGCACAGGGGCUUCAGGCUCAAUGUCAUGGCGGACGCGCUGGGGCCCAUGGACGCCAAUCCGGGAGAAGCGGACGAGGAGCCGAUAACGAAGCAGCGGGUGAAGCUUCUCGUCCGGGAGGAGCGGAAAAACACACAUGAAGCAGUGGAGGCGGAAGCGGAUCGGGAUGUGACCACACUGCUCAGGGCCACCAGGAUUCGGAAGCUUGGCAGGAUCGAGCUGGCCGGGCUCACCCCGACACAGCAGCGGGUCGCGAUGUCGUUGUGGUCGGGCGAAUCGUUCCUGCCUAUCACAAUGGUUCGGAGGUGUCAGCGCGGGUGGCCGGUCUGCCGGCUCUGUGGGGGUGAUGUCAAGGUGAAGCGAGUACAGGGAGGUGCUUGGAUCAAGGGCUUCAGGGAGGAGGACGAGGUGCAGGACGUGAGAAAGUUCACAAGAAUUGUGGACCACUUGCUGGUGGAGUGCCCCGCAGUUCCAGAGGCGACGAAAUACGCAGGGGCAAAGGCGCACACGGCGAUUUUGAAGGCGCCAAAAGUCCAGAUGAACAGGUUGAUGGACGCAAUCCAGGAGCCGCAGAGCAAGAUCGACCUCGCGCACCCCUGGCCAUACAAGGCGAGGAGCGACAAGCCAACACGAGCGGAGGAAAUGGCGACGAUGCCGCGGGUGUGGCUACAGGAGGGAAAAGAAGCGCUGAAGAAGAGGAGGAUCGGUGAUGAAGGAGCAGAGCGUGAAGGUGGUUGAAGAGAUGUCACUACCCAGCUCCACCAUAGGCCCUAGGCAACGAAACAGUAAGAACGCUCCUGCUCAUUAGAAGAAGAAGUAGAUCCGACAGAAGGAAGACGAUCCAGCAAGAAGAAGAAAAUGAAAAAGAUCACCAUGACGUAGCGCAAGCAGCUACUAAGUUUUGCGAAAUCUUUUCACGGACAAGAACUCACGUUCUCCUCCUUUCAGAUGAUGAGAAGGGCAGUGGCGGCAGAUAGUAGUGAUGUACAAAAAGAUCGUUUGUUCCAGUCCAAAGAGAAGAUCCGCCUUCUACACUACGGAAGCCUUUUCUAAUAGCGGAGAACCACCAGGAUCAGAAACUGUUCGCGACCACCAACGCUUUUCUCACAAAACAAACGCGUGCUCUAUCUACUAGGCCUUUUGUAGAAGAUCCUGCACAUACCAGUACUACGGAUAGGAAGAAGCGCAUCAUCUCCAACAGUUUUACCGUGGCGCGCCACCAGACCUGAUAGGAUCCGAUGGAGAAUCUUUUGCUUUUUGUUGUUGACACGGAGGAAGAAGCCGUACCUGGCAGCUCAAGCUGCCACAAGAGAGCAUCAAAGCGGCGUGUCAGAGAUGAACAAGAACAAUCCAAACCGCGAAAUGAAGAAAACGGAGGAUGGGUUUCAGGGUAGGGUAAAGGGUUUUAGGGAGGUAACUGGGAGAUGCAGGGCGUAACUCCGUGUUUUCCUGCGUCUCCCGGUGGCGUUUGCGUACCGCUACCAGAGCCUCGGCUCGGGUAGCGCAGGCAGGAAGGGCUAGAAGAGGAGUCUAGCUUAGGACCUGCCAUUUCUAUGGCGCCUGUUCUGACGCAAGGAAGGGCAAGCAGAGGCGGCUUGUUUUGGACCUUGUGGUUGGGCGGAGGCUGGCGGGAGCAUUACGGAUGAGGUGGUAGUUUUGCUCCAGUCUGAAACCAGGGCUGAGGAAAGGCUCCGGCAGUUCUUCUCCCAGGUAACUCCCCGAGCUUGGCCGUUCACUACUAAAACGGGCGGUGUUUCGUCAGGCUCCGGUGGCGACUGGUUGAGACACUAGUUGCCAGCUAUUUACAAACAGGAACAUAGUUAGUAUUGCAGACAGUUACUCGCUCGCCUGAAGAAGCGAGCACACAAUUGAUUUUCUGAAACGCGCAACGCAGCUGUGAUUUUUUCCCCUGCUCGGUGAUUCCACUCGGGACUACUCACUGGCACUCUCAAAAUGGAUGGAGUCACCAGACUAUAUCGCGCUAAACGACGUUUGGUCAAACAAACAGGUAAAGUUCUGACAACGAAAAAGUUCUGCAAAAGAAAAGCGGAUUUUGCAGAUGCAUGACGUAGAUGCAGGUGGACUUCCGCUUCUCGCCCCCGGUGCUCGGUCAGCAAUCACUCCCUUUCGAUGAU